AUGACAUUGCUUUGCCUUUUUCCAGAUUUAAACAGUUUCUAAUCAUAGAACAGAAUCACAAAUUACAAUACUCACCAGAGGCUACAGAGCCACCUAGAAUUUACAAAAAGUCCGUCUAUUGUUUUACACUGAGCUCGUCAUCGGCGCGGUAAACUCAUACAUAUUUGAUGUACAUUUUUACAACUUUCUGUGGUGACUAUCAACGAUGAGUGAAACAGGAGCAGUACUGGCAGAGGGGAAGACGAAGGUGGUGCUCGAACUGCUGGGGAAGCAUGAGCAUGUUCUCCUUCAGUCAAAGGAUCGCAUUACCGCCCACAAUGCAGCACGCUCUGACGACAUGGCUGGAAAAGCGCAAAUUUCCAACCAGACGACAGGAAUGAUAUUCGAGUACCUUGCCAGAGCGGGCGUGCGAACCCACUACGUCCAAUCGCACAACGACACCUCUUUCGUUGCACGCCGCUGCCACAUGGUACCUAUCGAGUGGGUCACUAGACGUAUAGCCACUGGGUCAUUUCUGAAGCGCAACCCCGGAGUUCCUGAGGGCUACGUGUUCCGACCGGUGAAACUGGAGAUAUUUUUCAAGGACGACGCGGCCGGAGACCCUCAGUGGUCAUUCGAGCAGCUGCUGGCCCGCGGUCUCACGUGUGGCAAGCGAGCGAUCGGCCAGCGCGAGAUCGACGUCAUGGCAAAGAUGACCAUCUGCAUCUUCGAGAUGCUCGAAAGGGCGUGGCGGUCUCUCGACUGCACUCUCGUCGACAUGAAGGUCGAAUACGGCGUCGACGCGGACACGGGCGAGAUCCUACUGGCUGACGUCAUUGACAGCGACUCCUGGCGACUGUGGCCUCAAGGUGACCGGCGACUCAUGAAGGACAAGCAGGUGUACCGCGACCUUGACACGGUCACGCCGACGACGCUCGAGACGGUCAAAACCAACUUCGCGUGGAUUGCCGAGAAGGUGAGGAAGUUCAGCGAGCGUUCGUCGGGUCAGGUCGUCGUGUUCAUGGGGUCGGCGUCCGACUUGACGACGUCGUCGCGCGUGCAGUCCGUCUGUGACAGCUGCGGCGUCACCUGUCACCUCCGCGUCACCUCCGCUCACAAGGGCACCGACGAGACGCUGAGGAUCCUCGCCGAGUACGAGGCCCAGCACGUGGCGAUGGUCAUUGUCGCCGUGGCGGGCCGUAGCAACGGUCUCGGUCCCGUCCUCGCUGGCAACACGGUCAUCCCCGUCAUCAACUGCCCGCCUGUUACAGCGGAAUGGGGGGCGCAGGAUAUCUGGUCCUCGCUGCGGCUUCCUUCGGGGUUGGGUUGUAGCACUGUGCUCUCACCAGAGGGAGCUGCACUGCAGGCGUUGCAAAUACUCGCACUGUCCGACCACGUCAUUUGGUCUUCGCUUAAAGCUAGACAACUGAAUACAUGGGUUCGGCUAAAAGACGCGGACGCAAAAUUAUCGGAGGGACUAGCGUAAUUUAAUGCACUAAUAACAUUUGGAGCUUUUAAUUGCGUUCCAGCUGUAUAACCGUGAUGGAAGUGAAGUGAUGGAGUUAAUUUCUGUUGGUUAAUCUUGUUUUUUGUGAAUUAUUGCCAUGUUAUUGCACAUUUAAUUAUAUUGCAUUAUGUAAUUUGAUUGCGCGGCAUUGCCCAUUUCAACUAUGUCACAGUCGUUUACGUUUAAUCACGUUUCUUCUAAAUUUGUUAUCAAGUCUAAUUCUGACACAAAUAAAAUCAUUCAAACGACUAAUAUUUAAUUUGUUUUACAUGUUGUGUCGAAGCAUGAAUUUCACUGAAUAGAAAUUGCAGAAAUGUGACUAAGGAAACUUACGGACUGAGCUACCAUUCGAUCAAUUUUGAAAUAUUGCUUUCAGUUGAAGGGGAACAGUUUUCAAUUAUUUUCUCUACGAUAUUGUACUAAUGUUGUGUUUAUUAUUAAAAUGUUGCACUGUUUAAUUUCA